UCAAAACUGAAAAUCAUUUUAGUUUAGUUACUUUCAAUACUUUGGUCUUGUUGAAGGAAUAUAAAUUUUAAGAAAAUCUACAUUUGGACACGCAAUAAGAAAUUCAAAGAAGAUUUUCGGCUAGUUUCGAGUUCUAUUGUGUUACCCAGAAGAUGUCUUCACAGUUCGGUGUGGAAAAGUGCGGAGGCGAGGGCUCUGAGACGAACGGCGCUGCUGCGGUUAUGAACUCUUUGACUAGUGAAAUGUGUCUUGACCUGAAGCCGUCUCCGAAACAGACUUGCAUUCCAUUGCAUCAGCGUCAUCGUUUGGUGAACUCUGAAACCAGUUUUUCUCCUAGUGUUAACUCGAAAAAAUUGGACAUCGAUAUGCCGGACAAGUCCUGGUCGGUAUUGUAUAUCGGCGCCAAGAAGGACAAGCAUUUAGAAUAACGACUUAACUGUAUGAUGCAUUCCUAAAAGAAGAAGUUUCUCAAUAUAAAGUGAUAACUGUAAUUAAGCUAACAUCGUCUCAUCAAAUGGUCCGGCCCGCCAAACAAUUGUGAUUGACUUGUACGCCUCGACAACGCUCUGUCACCCACCCACACUACUACUACUACUACUGAUAUAAACAAAUUUCCACUUGUGACAGUG